AUGAAAUCCUUCCGAAAACACGAUCUGAAACCCAAUACCAUUGCCAUUCUCCCACCUCAAGGCUACCAACCCAAGAGAAACUAUUCCCAGGCCUGUAUGCACUGGUUAAAUUAUCUGAUGGAGACGGACCCCAAUCUGCACCUCCAGCACGCUAGGAAUGGUGAAAAAGAGUUCACGUGUGGAGAGGGCCAACAUCAGUACAAUGUGGAUGGCUACGAUCGAGCAACAGGCACCAUCUACGAAUUCCUGAGGUGUUUCUGGCAUGGGUGUCAAGCCUGUCACAAGACCCAUUGUGGAGAACCUCAUCCCGUCCUGGGCACGCCGUUGGGAGCACGUUAUACAAACACCCGCUACCGCCUGAGUCUCUUGAGUCAACACCCUGAGGUGAAACGGAUCGUCACCCUGUGGGAGCAUGAGUUUACAAAAAUGCAACAGGAGAACUCCAUUCUGCGUGCUUUCUUGCAGGGACCCCCCUGUAUCCGCAUCCCUGGACCGCUCAACCCUCGCGACGCCUUCUAUGGAGGACGCACCAAUGCCAAUGAAGCCCAAGAAGAUGAAACCAUCAAGUACAUCAAUAUUUGUUCCCUUUAUCCUUACAUUUGUAAGACCGGAGCAUUUCCCAUGGGACACUCGACCCCUCUCCAUCAACCACCUGUGGACACGUUGUUUGAGCUGAAAGGACUUAUCCAAUGUCGUGUCCUACCCCCGAAACGACUCUAUCAUCCGCUACUGCCCUACAGAUCCGGUGGCAAACUGCUCUGUCCUUUGUGCCUUACGUAUGCCGAUACCUGGUCAGACUCCCCCUGCAAGCACACGGACAAAGAGGGGUCAUGGCAUGACCCCGACACCCAGCAAGUAAGACUCUUUGACACUUAUAUCGAUCGUCAUUUCAAGGAGAAGCUCGAAGCCAGCGGAUACCCCGAGGGAUGUACGGAUCACGGCGCUUACAUCCAGGAGAUCUAUGACAAAGAAGGCAUUGGGUUGGACAAGGACCGCAUCGAAAAAAACCCAAGACUUCGCACGAUUGCCAAGAUGCAACUGACUUCGCUCUGGGGCAAGUUUGGACAACGGUUAGACUACAGUCACAACAUCUAUAUGAACGAUCCUGUACAGGACUUUGCCUUGUGGAGGAAUGAACACAAUACCAUCGAGGAUGUCACCGUUGUCAACGAACACAUGGUGGAAGUGACCUAUACCCAGAGGAAGAAUUCCAAACCCCUCAUUCUCAUUUCAAUGUUGCCAUCACUGCUUGGGUCACUGCCCAAGCACGUCUCAAGCUGUACGGGACCCUUGCCCUGGUGGGUCGCAGGGUCUUGUACUUUGACACGGACAGUGUCAUUUACAUUCAUCGACCCCACUACACGAAUCCAGAGCUGGGCCAUUCGUUGGAAGAAGGAGAAGGGGGACAAGGGCGAGGACGUUCUCAAUGGCGAUCAUUUUCGUCGUGCAAUGGCGGACAUCCUGGGGAGUGGCUAG